UUUCAGCAAUUUUCAGUUACUGGAAUGCUCUUGGUGGUAAGAAUAGCCACAAUGACUGGGAUGACUUGGGUUGUCUUUUGUCCUGCAGCAGAUGUCAAAAGCUUCAGAGGUAAGAGGUGCAGACACAGCUCCUAUGCCCCUUACAUCCACAGCUAUUUUGACUUUGGACUCUGUGGGUACGGUAUUUUCCAAAGUAUAACUUUUGCUCCUAUUUUUUUCCUCGCUGUUUGUAGGAAAUUACAUCCACACAUGUGACAAUGGAAUAUUUUGACUCGCUAGGAUAUGUGAUCAUCACUUUCAGCUAUAAUGUUACUGUAACUGGGAAGAUCUGGUUGACGUUGAUGAUCCUUCUGAGACUAGUUAUGGUGGUCCUUGCUGGUUAUCCACUCUAUCAGGAUGAACAGGAACGUUUCAUCUGCAAUACAUUACAGCCUGGAUGUUCCAAUGUGUGUUAUGAUAUCUUCUCUCCAAUGUCCCACAUGAGAUACUGGCUGAUUCAGACUCUGAUGGUCUUUCUACCCUAUGCCUUGUUCAGUGUCCAUGUCAUACACAAAGUUCUGGCAUAUAUGGGCAAUGUAAAUGAUCACUGCAGGAAAAGUUCCUCCUCCACUUAUCAUGGAGUGGGCUUACAAAUAGAAAUACUUGAUUUUUCUUGGGCUUAUUUACUUCAUCUUCUGCUGAAGAUUUGUCUAGAGCUUGGCUUUGGUGCUGGUCAGUAUUUUCUUUUUGGAAUUUUAGUUCCAAGCAAAUUCAGCUGUUCCCAUUCUCCGUGCACCAGCAAUGUUGACUGCUACAUCUCAAGACCCACUGAAAAGUCUCUAAUGAUGAUUUUUAUCUGGGGAACCGGAAUCAUUUCUCUGAUUCUGAGCUUGGUGGAUCUAAUUGGAGUCUGUCACAGAAGACGAAGGUCGGAGAAGCUUAAAACGCAGCUUCUUCUUCUGGAAAAUGAUUCUCUAAAAGGAGGCUGUUGUUCAGAUUCACCUCCACACACAAAGUUAGCUGUCACGCCAGAUCAGAUGAUUGCGUAUCCUGACUGUUCUCCACACAACCUUGAGAAAAGGGAGGAGCAACUUAAAGGAGAUUCUCAUUCUCUGCCGUCAUUUGAAGGUGAAACGGCUUCUUUCCAAACUGACAAUUCUCACCAUGACAUGGGAAAGUCCAAUGUGAAUACCAACAGCAAUAAAACCUGUUUAUGGCAAGUGACCAUGCCAGCAAAUGGAAAUAAGGCGAGUGGGAAUGAACAUCAACUGCUCACCCACCGACAACCAAAAUCCAAAAAGGAGAACUGUACUGCAGCUAGUUUGGCGGAUUCAGCUCAGCUAGAAAAAAACGUAGGCCCAAAAAACAAAAAAUCUGAAUGGGUUUAAAUCAGGUAAUGGCCGCAGAAAAGUAAACAUUUCUAUAAGUGCUACCUCCAUAGCACCAGAGAAUGUGAAAGGCAGGUUAUUUGGGUGACAUACAUCUGAGCAGGCAUCACACCAACUGUAGUGCUAUUCAGCUUUCCAAAUGCUAAUAAUAUAGGACCUUCUACAAUAGUGGGCCAGAUCCACAUACAUUGCGAUCGGCGCAGCGUAUCAGAGAUACACUACGCCACCGUACC